AUGCGAAUCAACAGUAAAACUGUUUUGGAAGGGGAAAAGGUUGUGUUAGUCCCCUACAGGAAAGAACAUGUUCCAAGGUUUGUAAAUUUAUUCUUGUAGUAAUUUUUAUGGUUUUAACUGCGUGAAGGACAAAUAGGGUAAGCUUCUUAGCUUAUUUAAAAACGCCCACUGCAAACAGCGCAGCAAAUAAGUGGAAAUGAAGAUCAGCUGAAAAGACAAUUUGCCACGUUAUAUACAUUUUUAAAAUUGUUAUUUUUCCUUAACAUCUUCUGUUCUUUUUGUUGAAAUUAAUUUUAAAUAUCCUUAUGUAGAUACCAUGACUGGAUGCAAUCUCCUGAGCUGCUGGAACAAACAGCAUCUGAAAGGCUUACAUUAGAACAAGAAUAUGACAUGCAAAACAGUUGGUUUCAGGAUGAAAACAGUAAGCCGGACUGCUGAGAACUAAACCCAUACAUUGUCCUUUCUGUGAAUGUAUCAUCUCCCGGAAAGCUUCUAAAACACUAAAGCAAAACAUAAUUGUUAUCUCCAGGGAGGAGGUUAAAGAAAAAGGAACUAUUAAUUAAACCUCAAAAUUUUAUCUAAUUAUUGAAAGCAAUUGAAAGUAGCAUAUUGCUCAGACUCAGGAAACUAAAAUCAUGUGUCCUCCUGAACUCGGCUCCAGCAGAACAAAGAGAUGUAUAUCUAGUUAAACAUCAAGGGCCAAAAACUUAAACGUAGUUUAGCCAGUGUUUAACAAAACUGCAUUAAUAAUAAUAAUAAUAAUAAUAAUGAUAAUAAUAAUAAUAAUAAUAAUCAACUUUAUUUAACAAGGGUAACACGGGACAGUACUUCAACUGAAUAACUAGUGGCCGUCAAACUAAAAUUAUGCAAUAAAAACCAAGUAACCAAAAAUACAUAUCGUUAAAGAAACAGAACUACAAAUAUUCUAAGUCAUUUUCAAUUUGCNACAAUGUUGAAAAAUUUUUUUAAAAACUUUUUUGAGGAUGAAUGCCAAAAAAAUUUCCAUACUACAUGUACUUAGCAUGCCCCCCCCCCCGGGGGGGGGGGGUACUUGACCAAUAUUUGGGUAGAGGUGAGCUGCUGAGGGUUUGAAACCCCGACUAUGUUUAGGACAAAAAAAUUCCUAAAAUACAUACAUGUACACUAGCUGUUUAGCACAGGCUUGAGCAAAAUUAUAUACCCUGUUUAGGACAGAAAGGAUGAAAACCAGACACUGUCCAGGGGCACAUCGAUGUAUAGGUCAUAUAAGGGAGUAUCCCCUAGGACUAUGGGUCAAGUGAAAUUGGUAAUGAUUAAAUAAAGAUAUUUAUCAAAACGAUAUUUUUUUUGUUUGAAGAGUGCAUGGCAGGUGAUGUUAACCUCUUCCUUGAUGACAGUCGACGGGAUGUGGCAGAGAUAGAGAUCAUGAUAGCAGGUAAAAGAUGUGAACUGUUUAAGGUUUCAACCCAGGAGUCAUUUCAUAAGGUAGGUUGAGCAUGAUCGUCGGAGUGAACAUAGUCCUUAAUAGGACUGUUGUUGACAGUGACUGACGUUUUGACAAUCCGUGUGGUAGUCAUCUUCAGAGUCAAUGUGACUGGUAUAAUGUCAGUUGAUGGUAUUAAACUCUGGUUAUUGAACUGAUUGAUCAAUAAUGUUGUGAUGUUAUUAGUCCUCUGUCAGUUAAACUGUGAUGUUAUUGGCUAUGAAGACUCAAAUGUCAUUGGUGCAAUGAUUUUGACCUGUCUAUAGUUGCCACAAUUUAACAGUUCUUUACUGUUAGUCAAAUUGUUGGUUGUCCAGUUGUUCUCUCAUAGUUAGUUUUGCUUGAGUUCGUCAAUAAGUCAUUUGUAUAGUGAGAGUAUGGGUUCUCGAAAUGUCAGUCCCUGUCAAUAACAGUCCUAUGCAGGUCUACAUUCACCCAGACAACCAUGCUCAACCCACCUAUAAAAGGAUAUAAAGUUGUCUAGGUGAUUCUUGCUGGGUCCUUACAGUACCAUCAUCAUGUAGGCUGUGAUAUUUUUGUUUGCCUGUUGCUGGUGUGGAUAAAUUAUUUAUAUUCUAUGAGUAGCAGAGUAAUAAUUAUUUCUUUUUAAAUAUAGAACCAUCUUGUCGAAGAAAUGGCCUUGGAAAAGAAGCUCUGCUAACUAUGAUGCAUUAUGGUACCGUAUGUUGAAAAAAUACCAUUAGUGUAGCAAAUAAAUGGAAUAACCACAAUCACCAUCAAAAUUGUUGGAAAGGCCACCACUUUCUUCACCUCUUUUUUUUCUUCCUUCCUUCCCCUGCCUCUAGCUGGUACAAUUGUUUUACAACACUUAAGUGUUUUGCCCAUUUAGUAAAUUGUCCUGUUAUAUCCCAACAUUGAAUAGUGGGGAUGAUGGAACAACUGAUCAUGAGGUAUGUAGUCUGCUGAUGGGCCUUUUGAUAUAGACUUCUAUUAAAUUGUUUCGCACCUUGGCCAGCCAGGUGAGGUAAGAGUGUCCUCCAUUACACUUCAAGAUAGGUUGAAAGCCUGAAUGUAUGUACAUAAUGUUUCCUUGACUCUCCUCUCAAACCAUCUGGGUUCCACUGUGAGAAUUUUGACACGUUCAAAAAUUUAAUAAACCUCAUGGCCUUGUCUAUCUGAAUAUGGGUAGUAGACCACUUAGAUUGUAUAAUAAAUUGUUAUUAUAGAACCAAAAAGGAAAGCAUGUGCUGAAUACUGGCAUUAAUAUUUUUAUUUUGGACAGUUUUGUCUAAUUGUGUCUUGUCUCUUUUGGGCAUUAUAGGUAACACCACCUUAGGAAUCCAAAAAUAUGAAGCAAAGAUUGGUUGUAGUAAUGAUGCAAGUUUAAGGCUGUUCAACAGAAUAGGAUUUACAGAGGUAAAUUUUGGUUAAUAUCUAGUGUUGAGAUCUUGCAAUGGGUAAAAAUAGUGACAAUCCUCUUAGAAAGCACUGACAAUCAACAGAAAAAGAGGAAAAUAUUGUGACAGCGACAAUCCAUUUUCAAGUUGUGAAAGCCACGUCUGUUCACUUUUGCAUUUUGGCUGUUUCGGCAGCAAAAUAACAAAGUUCUCUCUUCCAUUAUUUCUGAAGAUUUUCUGUCAGUUUCUGCCGCUAGCUAGGGCAAGUAAGUAUUAGGGCUACUUCAGGUUCAACGGAGCCAAGAUCUGGAAUGCACUUUCUCUGGACCUGAGGAGCGAGCACCAUAUUAAUAAGUUUGCGUUUGACCUAAAACGUCAUUUUAGAUCCAAGCCUAUAUGAGCUUUCCUUACCUUUGUUAUACUUAGUUGUACCAUUUGUUGUCUUUAUUUUGUUGUGUGUGUUGUUUUUUCUUUUCAUCGGGGUCCCAUUCAGACCAGCCUCGCUGAACUGGGCAUCCCUGUCAAAAUAUUGUUUAAAAUAAAAAUGAAUAAAUAUAAGAUUGAAGUAGAAAAGUUAGCAUUGUGAUUAAUUAUUGUCAGGUUCCAUAUCUGUGGUAAAUUCCAAUUAUUAUUUGAGUAUCACAAAUUGAAAUUUAUGCAGAAACAACAGGGACAUUUUCGUCCUAGCUAAAAUGCAACAGCAGCAUAUUUUCCNUCAAGUUGUGAAAGCCACGUCUGUUCACUUUUGCAUUUUGGCUGUUUCGGCAGCAAAAUAACAAAGUUCUCUCUUCCAUUAUUUCUGAAGAUUUUCUGUCAGUUUCUGCCGCUAGCUAGGGCAAGUAAGUAUUAGGGCUACUUCAGGUUCAACGGAGCCAAGAUCUGGAAUGCACUUUCUCUGGACCUGAGGAGCGAGCACCAUAUUAAUAAGUUUGCGUUUGACCUAAAACGUCAUUUUAGAUCCAAGCCUAUAUGAGCUUUCCUUACCUUUGUUAUACUUAGUUGUACCAUUUGUUGUCUUUAUUUUGUUGUGUGUGUUGUUUUUUCUUUUCAUCGGGGUCCCAUUCAGACCAGCCUCGCUGAACUGGGCAUCCCUGUCAAAAUAUUGUUUAAAAUAAAAAUGAAUAAAUAUAAGAUUGAAGUAGAAAAGUUAGCAUUGUGAUUAAUUAUUGUCAGGUUCCAUAUCUGUGGUAAAUUCCAAUUAUUAUUUGAGUAUCACAAAUUGAAAUUUAUGCAGAAACAACAGGGACAUUUUCGUCCUAGCUAAAAUGCAACAGCAGCAUAUUUUCCCUAACCAACCAAGCAACAGGCAGUCUCAGAAAUGACUGACAAAGUGACAGCAUACCCACUCCCCCCUUGGAAGGCCUCAAUAUUGCAUUUUUCUUUCUCUCAGUAAAAUGAUAAACUUUAACUGAUAUUAACUAUAGUAUAACUUAAUAGUUGCUUUUGUUUGAAUGUUCUUACUCACCAGAUUUCUGUUAGUGAAGUGUUCAAAGAGGUGACGUUAGAAAUGAAUGUCACUGAAGCUGUUCAGCAACACCUUGCACAGGCGACCAGCCACAUUUGCAUUCACAAAUAUCCGCACAGACCUGGUGACACAACUUUGAAGUAG